AUGGAUUCCAAGGAUCUUCUUAGCCGGUCUGAGGAGAUUACACGGAAUACUGUGCAGAAAAGUGUUUGUGUCCUGAGCCGAUUGCCUCAUUAUGGUUUAAUUCAAACUAAAUUGGAACUUAUUACACACGCAUAUUUUGAUGAACGGGACUUCAGUAAAGUUGAACUGCUGAUAGAGACCUACCAGAACCUCAGCACCUUGCUUACCGACAGUCCAAUUGAUGGCACAGAGAUUUAUCUCGGUCUUCCAGCCCGAGAUCUUGUUGUACUUUUCCGGCAUAAGGUCCUUGUGCUCUUCAAACUGUUGAUGCUGGAACGACGGGUGCUUUUUACUGGGAAACCUGUUCAAGAAUUGUGUCGGACUAUGCUUGGAAUAAUGUCCUUGUUUCCUGGUCUUAUAGAGUUUGGUCUGAAAGAAUCAGCCUGCUAUUCUCCACAUCGGCAACUAUCACCCACCUUGAAAUUUCGACAGGUAGAAUCUGAUGCAGAUGGCUUCUUGGAAAUAAGCUACCAUGAAGAUGCCAAUUGUCAGAUUUCCAUGUCCCACCCUCGACCCCCUUCAAGGAGCAUUAGCAUGACCUCAGAACCCGAGAACCAGACAAUUCUGCGAGAUGAGAACCAUGUCCAUGAACCAGCCGACGAGCUGUCUAGAAAUGGUAACAUUUCAGAGGCUUCAUUGUUGUCUUCAGGGACAUUGCCAACAGAAUCUGAAGACCACCUAAAAAAAGAGAAGCAGCAAAGUUUGGAAAGAGAUCUCAAGUCCACAUCUGACUGCAGUACGCAAAUAAAUGGUGUGAUGCUUAAUACAUUAAAAGAUGAAGAAAUGUUUAAUAAUAACCAAAGUUUAGAUAAAUUUCUGCAGCCAAGCUCGGACUCUUGCAAUAAGUAUCCACAGUCAGAUCCACUUAUUGAAAAGCUUUCGGAAAAUGAUUUUUGUUUCUCCUCACCACUUCGGAACAAGAACACUGUCCUGGAGGGAACAGAAUCGUCUUCAGAUGCACUGAAGCGGAGCAGCAGCAUUGAAGAACUUGAUUCCCCAGAGUCGAUCAGCAAAAUUGAUCGCGAAGAUUGCUUCUCUCUGGAAGGCGUCUUUCUACAGAUCAACCACGAUAGGGAUUCAAAAUGUGAUAUUGAAAAGCCUGACCGUUCUUUGUGCCUCAAUCUUGACGGUUCUGAUUCUGCAGGUCAAGCCGUUCAGUCUACAACUCCACCCAACUAUUCCAUAUCAGAGCCGGCCAUAAAAGGUGAUCCUGUCUUAAGUAUGGCUUCGGCAAAUGCUGACUCUUCUUCAGUGAUGGUUUAUGAUGACUUCUCUCAGGACUGGGAGGCUGUUAGCAAUGCAAGUAAUAAUUCUGCCAAGAGUGCUUCUUGUACUCCUGCUCUUUCCACCAGCCCCAAUCACUCAGCAGGUUCUACAAAGAUAGAAGGGAACCGAGUGGUUAAACCACCUAUGCAUAAGCCGAAUUCUUUGGACCUGCCAGACACUGUAUCUACAACAUUACAACAGGAUGGCUAUGGACUACCAUUGGCUAUUUUUUCCAAGGGCUGUCUCUGUCACCCGUACCUGUCUUUACAGUUUUAUGACCUGCUUGAAGAUAUCAAUGUCCGAGGCUUUGUGGUUGGAGCUACAAAUAUUUUAUUUAAGCAGCGGAAACAUCUCACAGAUGUUGUUGUUGAGAUCAAUGAUGGCCGAAUUGUUUUCCAUGAUUUUGAAUUGAAGAAACAGUUGAACCUGACAACAACAGAUUUGAGGUUUGCAGAUUUCCUUGUGAAAAUAGUUACGGACGGCAAAAGUCUCUUUCUCGAUGGAACAGAAUGGGAAGGAGGAGAUGAGUGGGUCCGUGCUCAAUUUAAAGAAUACAUUCUAGCAUUGCUGUCAAGCGUUCAUAAAGGAGAUGAAAAAUGUCAAGAUGACUUCAACCCCUGUUUUAUCCAAGCCUGGAAGACAACCCACAAUUAUCGUCUGUGGCAGAGCAACAAUCAUCCAAACAUUGAGGAAAUUUCUCCAAUUCACCCUUUCCAAGGACAACUAAACAUGAAUGACCUCAAGGUGCGCUUGUCACACACAAUGCAGAGCACAGAGAAGGGCAAGAAGAUUAAUGCUGCCGUGUCACAAACUGGUAAAUACAUGCUACAAACAGGCAAAGCAGUUGGAGGUGCACUCACCUCAGCCAAGAGUGCCAUGAGUUCCUGGCUGAGCAGUUUUACUACAGACUGGAAGCUGGCCGAUAAAGAGUCUGCUGUUACUGCUGUAACAAACUCACCCGAGUGA